AAUCCAUUAAAGCGUAAGAAUUUAUCGGUGGGCAACUUGGACCACUCGAAACCAUGUCAUCUUCUCAAUCACUUGUCCUCUCUACCGUAACCCAGCCUCACACUUUCUCUCCAUUUUCUCGUACAUUUCCUAGAAACGGCAACCGGGUAUCUCACAGAAUCAGAAUCUAUGCAAAAUCUGAUACAGAUACCUCCCCCCAAGUAAAUGUUUCAACUUCAUCUUCAUCUUCAUCUUCUUUCUUGUCUUUCCUCUGCCCGUUGCUUAAGCUUUUCUCCGGAGGGGAUCCUUCUCGUGAGCGAAAUUACACAUUGGAGGCAGCAACAUCUUCUUUAUCAACUUUGGCAAGAUUACCAUGGGGAUCAAGAUCACUAUCAGAGGGAUCACAUAGCGAGAGUUUAAAUCCUCCCUUGAAUUUGCAACUUUAUGAAUUUGAGGCUUGCCCCUUUUGUCGGAGGGUUAGAGAGGCCUUGACUGAGCUAGAUCUUUCUGUGGAGGUCUAUCCUUGUCCAAAAGGUUCUGUUAGACAUAGAGAAAUGGUCAGAAGAUCUGGUGGGAAAGAGCAGUUUCCUUUCCUGGUCGAUCCAAAUACUGGUAUUUCAAUGUAUGAAAGUGGUGAUAUUGUGAACUACCUAUUUCAGCAAUAUGGUAAAGGAAGAAGCCCUUCGGUUGGACUUUUGGAAAGCACAUUGAUCACAGGAUGGAUGCCAACACUUCUACGAGCGGGUAGAGGUAUGACACUAUGGGAAAAGGCGAGGGCAGACCCACCACCCAAAAAGUUGGAACUUUUCUCUUAUGAGAACAAUCCGUAUGCACGAAUUGCGCGCGAGGCACUAUGUGAACUAGAGCUUCCUUACAUUCUUCAAAACAUUGGAGAAGGCUCUUCCAGAGCAAAGUUACUCCUUGAAGUCUCUGGAUCCAAAGAGGUACCUUAUCUGAUUGAUCCAAACACUGGAACUCAAAUCAGCGACUACAGGAACAUCUUAUCAUAUUUGUUCCAGACAUACUCUGUGGCCGUUGUAUAAUUUGACUUCAAUCUGUUAAAGCCUUUAACCUGCAAGCAAAAUCUUCAGGAUGAUGACAGUAGAGAUUAUUGUGGUAAAUUGAGCCCUUUAAUUUAGAAUGGCUACAAAUUUCCAGUUUGCCCUA